ACAUGGCCAAAUGGGGCCGGGGGACCCGCGCUGGAUCGUGGAGGAGCGGGAGGACGGGACCAAUGUGAACAACUGGCACUGGACAGAGCGGGAUGCUACCAGCUUGUCCAAGGGGAAGCUCCACGACCUCCUGGUGGGUAUCGUCGUGGAGAAUGAGAGUGGACACCGUGUGAUCAGUGAGCUGAAGCAGGUAGAAGGCAUAAUCGCCAACCAAGCGCCCUGGUCACAUAGAGUACCAGCUGAGCUCUGCAGAUGGGCGGAGUCACUGGCUGGGAUCUUUGCUCAUGCACUGCUGCAAGCAAGAACACCGUCCAACAAGAUCUGUGCUCUGGUUAUUGAAAGCCCUGCCCCCGCUUCUGAUUCCCAGUGGUCCCUGUUAGCUGAGACCCAGAUGGGCUUCCUGGGAAGCAUCCCACAAUGCUCGGGGAUCUGGAUGUCCACUUUUUUCCCAUUGAAGAAACCACAGCUCUGUGCUGGCCUUGGGAGGGGCAGUUUGAUGAACGUGAGUAAAAAGAAAGGAGAUGGGGAUAUACGGAAGGAUCUUAUGAAAACUGCAGGCACCGCCAAGCUUUAUCUCCUGGCAUGCUAUUUAUCCUUUGGAACAUCUACUCUUCUUGAGAUUCAGGCUUCAUCUCCAACGGGUUUGGGUGUGAGGAUCCCCACGGUGACACUGCACAUGACCGAAUUGUUUGACCCAACUGUAGAGCAGCUGUACAGCAUCUUCACUGUGAAAGAUCUGGUGCAGAAAUUUUCUAAAUCUCUUGCUAUAUUAGAAGCUGAAAAAGGAGGGACAUUCCAAAUGUUUGAUGGGAACAUCACCGGCGAAUAUGUAGAAUUGUUGACAAAUAAAAAGAUCGGCAUGAAAUGGAGAUAUAGGAACUGGCCAGAAGAACACCAUGCGACAGUUGCACUGAAUUUUGUGCCUACUCCAGGGCAAACGGAGUUGCAGCUGGACUGUAAAGGAGUUCCUGUUUGUAAAGAAGAGGGCAUGAAAUCCUGUUGGCAGAAGCAGCGUUUUGAAGAAAUAAAAUGUUUACUGAAGCUGACUACCCUAAAUGGUUGAAUUAGUUAGAAGAUUUUGUAAGUCUACCUCUUCUCAAUCCUUUUAAAAAAGAAAACACCCUUAAUUUAUAUUGGAUGAAAUCCAUGACCUCUUACAGAAUUCAAAACAUUGUUUGAAUCUUUACUACAAUUGGACUCUCAUUGGGUUAAAAGUAGCAAGCAAUGUGGAAAUUAGGUAUUAACCUUACCUCCCAUAGAUGCUCCUCUGGGAACAGAUUGAGCCUCUGAGUACAGAUAGUUGAAGUUUUCCACUAAAGCUUGUCCUGGCAAGCCACUCUGAGCUGUAGUUUUAGUUCAGGAAGACAAAAAAAUAAAUGGCAUGUCGAUACUUUUCCUUUAUUUCACUUCAGGGUUUUAAGGUCUGUAGCUCUUUAGGUAGCAUAGCAGCCAUGUGUUCAGAAGCAUGUUGGAGUGAGGUGCCUUGGGCCUUGUCAUCAGGCUACUCCCCGCAGUGGUUAUGCACUCCAGGCGGAGGACCGACAGGCUGCAGGGCAGCUUACGUUCUGGAUCACCGCCAGCACUAAGGAAAUAGAGUAUAAUGGAGAAAUGCUUCCCUCCCCCUCAGUGUCCUCAUUACUUUCAUCUGAGAAGACUAAAGCAAUGUUAAAUGUAAACAAAUGAAAAGUCAUCACAAUCAGUUUAAUUAAGUGCACAGAAUAGCAAUCAAUCAGUCAUGUCAAUAAAAAUAAAACAAUUAUUUUUA